AGCCGGGAAGAAAGGGUAGAGGCUUGGAGGAGGAAAGCUCAGUGAUUCCUUAGAUGACCAGAGAAAGUGAAAUUGAUUGAGCACCUACUAUGUGCCGGGAUUGUCUGGCAACUUUGCAUACCUAGAGAGAAUUAAAUUCGUUGAGCACCUACUAUAUGGGUCAAACUGAGUGCUAUACCCUUUACUUAAUCCCAGGAAAGAAAGAUUUAUUGAGCUUCUACUAUGUGCUAGUUUUGGUGCCACAGACUUUGCAUUUUAAGAGCUAGAGUAAUAGCCCAUUUAAAUAGGAGGAAACGGGGGCUCAGGGAAGACGAGUCAACUACCACAAACACUCCUGUCCCCCUUCUGGAGCUGGCUGCAGCCUGCAUUACCUGGAGGUGGGGAAGGAAGAUUAAGAAGCUCCUUUGUUAUCCAGAGUUCUUGAGCUUUUUCUGGGUUGGUGCAGAGUGAGCUUCCUGGAUGAUUCCCUUCCCAGGAGGGGUUUCCUGUAACUUAGCUGUCUUGGAGGGCCCGGAAGGCAGCUCUGGAGGCAUCUCUGUGCCCUCCCCUCCCCUUGUCCCCAGCACCAGGAGGAUGACAGGGGAUGUUGUCCAAGACCUCAUGGAAGGUGGGAAGCCAGGCUGGGAGGGAGCAGCCAGGUCAGGAGCCAGUGAAUCAGGCCUCCCGUGGUGUCAGAGACAAGAUGGGGUCCCUGCAAGACCUGCGCCUGCAUUCCAGUCCAGCCUCACCAGGCUGCUCUAGGCAGCCCCACGACUGCCAAGAUAAAGUGCCACAAAGAAAAGAACCCAUCAUGUGUUCAGGUUUGCUGCGGGUCAGGAGCUGGGUCAGCCUCCAGACUUAUUGGAAGCCCAGGGCCACACAGGGGGUUUAUGUCUUACCAUUAACAGAGGAAUAACCUGAGCCCCAGGAAGCCAAGUCAUUUGCCCAGGGCUGCCGGGCUGGUGAGAGGCAGAGUUGGCCUGCCGGAAGUGGAUGCCUGCCUACCUUCUACCACCUGAGCUGCCAAGGGUGGUGGGGUUGGCUUUGCCAAGCCCCCGGACUCUCAGAGUGGCAGCUGGAAGCCAGUGACGGCAAUGUGCGUGUCCAAAGAGGCUGAGUGUGCACUGAUGGAGGAGGCAUGGGGGUGUGGAGGAGGGGCAGUGCAGUGAAACAGGCUCUGGGGCAUACACCGGGAGGACACGUCCAGACUCUUGUCCUGCUGCCUGUGCCCGUGUGACCCCUUCAUCUUUCAGGCAGGCCCUGGGAGAGAGGCUCAAGGGAGAAGUGAUGAAUCCACAGGUGCACUUGCUCAGAGGUGGCUGGCAGGGUUAGGGGAGAAUCCUGGGAGGUGCCUGCCCCCUUUCCGCUCCGCUGCCUGCAGGGAGAGAGGGAGUGAGAAUAUAGUAUGUCUUAGCGUCAUCCUCCCGCCUGAUGCCAGCUGAGGCUUCACUGAGACAGACAGUGUUUUGGAAAAGACCAGUUUUGGCUGGGGGUGGGUUUUCAUAGAGUUAAGAGCCCAGACUUUGAAGCCAAACAGCCUGGUUCUGAUCCCAGCCCAGCUAGUCAUCUGCUGUGUGAACUGGGGCAAGUGACUUAACCUCUCUGAGCAUCAGUGUCCCCAUCAGUCAAGUGGGCUGAUGGAUGCCUUCCUGGCUGUGGUUACUGUGCCCCCAGGAUGGCGCCCCCUCAUCUCUGCUCUGGGAACUUUCUGGCUCCCACCUGUCCUCAGAAUGGCCCUGUGAUGGGGUCAGUAGUCACAGUAUGUGCAUUCAGAUACCUGUGCUGCUAGGGGGUCUCUGUUGAAUUUCCUGCCUCUCUGUGCCUCCUCUCUCUGAUUCCUUACUUCCCCUCUCUGAUUCCCUGCCUCCUCUCUCUGACUUCCUGAAAUCCAUUCAGUCACUGAUAUUGGACUCUAAAUUCCCAAAGGGCUCUUCAAACUCAUCCCUGUCUGCUCCUCGCUGUAUGAGGUCAGCCUGGCUGAGGAUGGAGAAGGGAGAACAGGCUGCAGAGGAGAGAUGUGCCUACGAGGGUGCCCAUGGUGCCACCUCUGGGGGAAGAGAGGGAAGAAAGAUGUGGAGGCAGGAGGCGGAGCCCACAGAGGCACUGUCCCCUGGCAUCCAGGUGUCCAGAUGUCUCACACAGCCCCACGUGGUUCAGGCCAUGUGAAGAAUCAGUCUUCUCUGAGAGAGAAAAACCACAGAGGAUUUUUUUUCUCCUUUUUUGCCCACCCUGAUUCCCUGUCUCUUAUUUCUGACUCCUUGCCUCCUCUAUCUGUCACCUUGCCUCCUCUCUGUGACUCUUUGCCUCCUCUCUGUCUCCCUGCCUCCUCUGUCUGACUCCCUGCCUCCCCUCUCUGUCUCACUGCCUCCUCUCUCUGACUUUCUGCCUCCUCUCUCUGACUCCCUGCCUCCUCUCUCUGAUUCCCUGCCUCUUUGACCCUCUGCCUCCUCUGACUCCCUGCCUCCUCUCUCUGAUUCCCUGCCUCUUUGACUCCCUGCCUCCUCUCUUUGACUCCCUGCCUCCUCUCUUUGACUCCCUGCCUCCUCUCUCUGAUUCUCUGCCUCUUUGACUCCCUGCCUCCUCUCUCUGACUCCCUGAAGCUCAUUCAGUCAUUGCUAUCAACUCGUCUGUACCAAGCUCUAGGCUGGAGGCUGGGCAGGGCAAUGAUGGAGACAAAUACUGUCCCUGGGAGCUUCUGGCCCCUUUCCCAUCCUGUUUAGACAGAAGUGACCGCCAGCAGAGUCAAGCUGUCUGCAGAAGGACUUGGGGAGGGGGCUGUCAUGGGGUAGGGCUUCUUUCCCCCCAUCUCUGCUGAAGGCCCAGGCUGGCUGAGACAGCCCCGGCAGAGACUGAGAAGGGCUCCCUGCUGUGGUCUGGCAGCCCCUCUCCACCCUCCUCUCUCUCAUUUCCUGCCUUCCACACGUAUGCCCUGGGCACCUCAUCAGGGCUGCCCUAGGGGAGGGCCCUCCUUGGCACAGCCUCUGGGCCAGUCAGGUGGUUGAGACUGAGGAGAGAAGGUCCCAGAGGGGGGCUUCAGGCAAACCCAAAGACAGAGCCAUUCGCCAUUUGAUGAAUGCACAGACCAUUUAUUGAGCCCCUGCUGUGUUCAUGGCAUGGCAGUUUUGUGGGAUAAAUUCAAAGACAGCUUUAGGUGGGAGCUGGGUGGGGGACGUGGGGGUCUUAGGCUUGAACUACUACCCAGCCUCCCUUGUUAACCAAGUAGCUAGUCACGUAGCCUUCUGAACUCGAGGCAGACCACCUGGGAUCAAACCUCUCCUCUGCUGGUUACUGGCUGUGCAACUGUAAGCAAGUAAUUUAACCUCUCUGUGCCUCAGUUUCCUCAUCUGUAAACUGGAGAAUAACACCACCUGCUUUCUGGGGUUAUGAAGGGAGAAAUAGGUUAAUAUGUGUGCAGCACUUAGAACACUCUGGCAUAUUUUAGCUGCAAAAUGAAUGCCAGCUAUGAUUAUUUCUAUACUUAGUGCGGGGCUUGGCACACUGCAUGGGCUCAAGUGGCAGCAGUUGUCGUCCUUGUGGCUCCAGGCCUGGGGUCCGCCGUGUGCUGAGCUGGCUUAUUGUGCACGUCCCUUUGUGAUUCAUUCAUCGAAGUCACAUCGGUAGCUUAGAAGUGACCGUGGUGGGAGCAUUUACGCCAUGGAAAUUGGCAAAUACCACCAAUCAGGGCUUUUAACAAAGGUAUUUUUGAGAGCCGGCUUCCUGCACAGAGGCUGGUAGUUGGGCAGGGUGAGCAGAUCCAGAUGUGUGCCAGGGACUCGCACGCAGGCAAUCUCUCCACCUCCAGUGGCCAUCUCAGACCUUAGCUUCAUGAUAGCCAGGAAGCGAUGGUGUUGGAAAGCGCCUUGGGUCAAUGGGCGAGGCACUCAAGGAAACUGACUUGGGGCGUCCCGGGGUGGGGACCGAGUUUGGGCACAUACAGCCCUUCGUGUGAAUUUAAAAACAGUGCCUCUUCCUCUACACAAGAUGCCCUUUCCUCUGGGAUACAGCCCCCACCUCUGGGAUGCAGCCCCCACUUGCCCCCCCAGCCAUGUGCCUUGUGCAGUAUCCAACCUGCACAACCUGUGGCAGCCUGUGGAAGACCGAGGGGAUUGAUAUUUCAGCAGGCCUGUGCCCAUUUGCAGUUCAGGGGCUGGAAAGCUCUCCUCUGGAGAGGGGAGGGAUUCCUGCAAGGGUGGGGAGAUCAGAGAGGCUUUCAGAGAGCAGGUGGCACUUGAGCCAGACCCUGAAACAUAAGGGGAAGAGGGUGUUCUGCAGAGGGGUGGCAUGAGCAAAGGAGUGGAGGCUGAUCUCAGCAGAGCUCAAACUGACGAGGGUGACUGGGGUCAGGGGUUCUGGGGCCGGGAUUCUGGUGGGCGCUGAGGUAGGAAAGGAGGGAGGGCUGGGCUGUGAAGAGCCUUUGGGGUGAGCCUGGUGGAGCCUGCGGGUUUGCUUAUACAAGAGCUUGGAUCCAUGUCGGCCUCUUUCAUGAGGUCAAGAGGCUCCCAUAGAAAGCUCUGGGUUUGCCCCAGAACCAUAACCCUUGGAGUUGGGAGGGAAGCUUGAGCCAGCCAUGGGUCAUUCCCCAUUCCACAUCCUCUACUCCGGGCCUCUGGGUCUCCUGGAGGCAAGUAAACACCUAGGGCCUGGGAGGCAAAAAUAUCCGGGCAGAUCAUGGAGCGGAGGGAGCCCGCCAGAUGCAGAGCACAGGUCUAAAGGUGGGUCCUCCUGAGGUGGCUGCAGGAGCAACCCCAGGCAUUGGGCUUGGAGCAUGUGGUGUGGACAUAGCCUUCCCUUCUUCCAAGGAGGGCUGAAUGGCCACAGAACCACCCCCCGCCCCAGGCUUAAGAAAUGCAUGCUAGUGCCUUCCCCAUGUCUCAUCCUAGAAUCACAGGCUCCGGGAAAGCCAGAUGGAUGAACCAGGGAAAGAACGGAUUCUCACGAUAGAUACCAUUUUUGAGAUUUCACCAUGUGCUGAGCCCUUUGCAACAACUCUAUGAAUUGGGCUCAUUUUGCAGACGAGAAAAGUGACUUCUAGAGAGGUUAAGCUACUAGCCCAAGAUCAGUAGCUAGAGGCAAGGCAAGGAUUCAAAUCCCAGGAGUCCGGUGCUUGCAUAAAUGAAAGGAUGAAUGAAUGGAUGUUGAGUGAGUGAGUGGAUGAAGGAAGGAGUAAAGGAGAGGGCAUGAAUGAAUGAGAGGGUAGAACUCCAAGACCCCUUAGAACCUCGUCUGAUGUUCCCAUUUUACAGACAGAAAACUGAGUCCUAGACAGAGGCCUAGAGGAGGCCAAGAGGUGGUGGGGCCAGGUCGGGGGUCCCCUGAUGCCUGCUUCUCUCGCUUUGUUGCAGCCCCGAGCCAUGAUGAAGACUUUGUCCAGCGGGAACUGCACGCUCAGUGUGCCCGCCAAAAACUCAUACCGCAUGGUGGUGCUGGGUGCCUCUCGGGUGGGCAAGAGCUCCAUCGUGUCUCGCUUCCUCAAUGGCCGCUUUGAGGACCAGUACACACCCACCAUCGAGGACUUCCACCGCAAGGUAUACAACAUCCGCGGCGACAUGUACCAGCUCGACAUCCUGGAUACCUCUGGCAACCACCCCUUCCCCGCCAUGCGCAGGCUGUCCAUCCUCACAGGGGAUGUCUUCAUCCUGGUGUUCAGCCUGGAUAACCGGGAGUCCUUCGAUGAGGUCAAGCGCCUUCAGAAGCAGAUCCUGGAGGUCAAGUCCUGCCUGAAGAACAAGACCAAGGAGGCGGCGGAGCUGCCCAUGGUCAUCUGUGGCAACAAGAACGACCACGGUGAGCUCUGCCGCCAGGUGCCCACCACCGAGGCCGAGCUGCUGGUGUCGGGCGACGAGAACUGCGCCUACUUCGAGGUGUCGGCCAAGAAGAACACCAACGUGGACGAGAUGUUCUACGUGCUCUUCAGCAUGGCCAAGCUGCCGCACGAGAUGAGCCCCGCCCUGCAUCGCAAGAUCUCCGUGCAGUACGGUGACGCCUUCCACCCUAGGCCCUUCUGCAUGCGCCGCGUCAAGGAGAUGGACGCCUAUGGCAUGGUCUCGCCCUUCGCCCGCCGCCCCAGCGUCAACAGUGACCUCAAGUACAUCAAGGCCAAGGUCCUUCGGGAAGGCCAGGCCCGUGAGAGGGACAAGUGCACCAUCCAGUGAGCGAGGGAUGCUGGGGCGGGGCUUGGCCAGUGCCUUCAGGGAGGUGGCCCCGGAUGCCCACUGUGCGCAUCUCCCCACCGAGGCCCCGGCAGCAGUCUUGUUCACAGACCUUAGGCACCAGACUGGAGCCCCCCGGGCGCUGGUCUCCGCACAUUCGUCUGCCUUCUCACAGCUUUCCUGAGUCCCCUUGUCCAUAGCUCCUUGGUGGUUUCAGCUCCUCUGUGGGAGGACACAUCUCUGCAGCCUCAAGAGUUACGCAGAGACUCAAGUUACACCUUCCUCUCCUGGGGUUGGAAGAAAUGUUGAUGCCAGAGGGGUGAGGAUUGCUGCGUCAUAUGGAACCUCCUGGGACAAGUCUCAGGAUGAAAAGGACACCGAAGGCCAGAUGAGAAAGGUCUCCUCUCUCCUGGCAUAACACCCAGCUUGGUUUGGGUGGCAGCCGGGAGAACUUCUCUCCCAGCCCUGCAACUCCUACCCUCUGGUUCAGCUGCCUCUGCACCCCCUCCCACCCCCAGCACACACACAAGUUGGCCCCCAGCUGCCCCUGACAUUGAGCCAGUGGAGUCUGUGUGUUUGAAGGGGGCGUGGCCACACCUCCUAGACCACGCCCACCACUUAGACCACGCCCACCUCCUGACCGCGUUCCUCAGCCUCCUCUCCUAGGUCCCUCCGCCCGACAGUUGUGCUUUGUUGUGGUUGCAGCUGUUUUCGUGUCAUGUAUAGUAGUAGAAAUGGAAAUCAUUGUACUGUAAAAGCCUAGUGACUCCCUCCUUGGCCAGGCCCUCACCCAGUUCAGAUCCACGGCCUCCACCGGGGACGCCUUCCUCCUCUGCUCCCAAACAGGGUUUCCGUGGCCUGUUUGCAGCUAGACAUUGACCUCCGCCAUUGAGCUCCACGGUUUACAGACAAUUGCACAAGCGUGGGGUGGGCAGGCCAGGACUGCUUUUUUUUAAUGCUCCCAUUUCACAGAGGACACCACCGAGACUCGGAGGGGACAUGAUGAGCACCAGGCCCCACCCUUGUCCCCUAGCAAAUUCAGGGUACAGCUCCACCUAGAACCAGGCUGCCCUCUACUGUGCUCGUUCCUCAAGCAUUUAUUAAGCACCUACUGGGUGCUGGGUUCACUGUGUCCUAGGAAACCAAGAGGGUCCCCAGCCCUGGCCUCUGCCCGCCCCUGCUGCCCCACCACCUUCUGCACACACAGCGGUGGGGAGGCGGGGAGGAGCAGCUGGGACCCAGAACUGAGCCUGGGAGGGGUCCGACAGAAAAGCUCAGGGCGGGUCUUCUCCUUGUGCCCGGGAUUGGGCUGUGCUGGGUACCACCAUGUACUCAGGCAUGGUGGGUUUUGAACCCAUAAACCAAAGGCCCUUGUCAUCAGCUCUUAACAAGUAUAUUUUGUAUUUUAAUCUCUCUAAACAUAUUGAAGUUUUAGGGCCCUAAGGAACCUUAGUGAUCAUCUAAUGGGUCUUUCUGAGGUUCAGAGAGGGUAAGUAACUUCCUCCAGGUCACACAGCAAGUCUGUGGGUGGCAGAAGCAAGCUAGCGCUGGGCAUUCAGUACAUACCACGAUGUGCUCCCUCUCUUGAUGCUUGGCCCCUGGGGCCUUCAGGGCUUUGGGACAUCUUGUCCUCAACCCUCUCCCUAGAUCAGUCUGUGAGGGUCCCUGUAGAUAUUGUGUACACCAUGCUCAUGUAUAUACAAGUACACACAGAUGUACACACAGAUGUACACAUGCUCCAGCCCCAGCUCUGCAUACCUGCACCUGCACCCCAGCCUUGGCCCCUGCCUGCGUCUGUGCUCAAAGCAGCAGCUCCAACCCUGCCUCUGUCCCCUUCCCCACCCACUGCCUGAGCCAUCUGAGCAGACCAGGUACCUUGGCUGCACCGGUGUGUGGCCCGCUCUCACCCAGGCACAGCCCCGCCGCCAUGGAUCUCCGUGUACACUAUCAAUAAAAGUGGGUUUGUUACAAAGCCGUGUCCUUGCCCAUGUG